AUGACUUCCGAGGAGACACAGAAAAAUUUCGAGAGCUACAUGGAAAAGGAAGUACAACGUAUAUACAGGUGUUAUGAUAUCCAGUUUGUCUUUGGGUUGGAGGCUUCCAAGUUUAAGAAGAUAAUACUACGUGAUGCAAUUUUUAUCAUUGUGCUCUUCUUGGUGAAAGUUGGAGAACAUAUCAUUGACGAGGACGACAACUUCUUAAUCCGUAGAGUACUGUUAACAGUUGAACUUUCAACAGAUUUGAUGUUACUUGAAAAUCAACUCCCGUUCUUUGUCUUUGAAGAUUUAUAUUACCUAGCUUUUGGUAAUACGGGUAAACCCUUUCUCUAUCUUGAUUAUCAUUUCUUCAAUGUCUAUCGUUCUUUAUCAUUCGAGGAAAAGAAGGUUGCACACUUUACGGAUUUAAUUAGAUAUGAUGCAGUUAAAAAUUGCCCAUCAAUCUCACAUCUUGCAUGGCAGAACACAUAUAAUGCAACGAUGUUGCGUGAGGCUGGUGUCAAGUUUAAGCGUACAUACAGAUUCGGUAAAGUAAAAUUUGAGAAGAGAGUACUGGAAUUCCCAUUUAUUUGUGUGACGUACGAAACUGACAUCACCUUUAGAAACUUGAUAGCCUUCAAACAAUGUCACUAUUCAAAUGAUGCUCAUUUUGCUAGUUACGUUCAACUACUAGACUCUCUUAUUGAUACUGAAGAAGAUGUAGAUAUACUAGUAAAGGAAGGGAUUAUUAAGAAUAAAUUGGGUAGUAGUACAGCUUUGGCAAAUAUGAUAAACAAUCUUGCAGUGGGAAUCGUAAAUAUAAGUUUUGUCUAUGGCGAUAUUGGAUGGAACCUAAACAACUAUUAUGCUAAUUCUUGGAACCGUAUAAUGGCAACCUUGAAGCAUGUCUAUUUCAACGAUCUUUGGAGAGGAACUGCGAUUGUUGCUGCUUCCAUCGUGGUGCUACUCACUAUCACACAAACUUUAUUGGCAAUCUUGGAUCGAGCAAUGCUCACAAAAUAG